CACACGGUCUUCGAGGUUGGGCACGAACUUCGAGAACAAAAUGUCUAGCUCAUCUAGCUCUAACGAUGAUGAAAUGAUGAAGACGUUCUUUCUUAUGGGAGCUGCUGUCGUCGAGGAAGAAGAACAAGGGAAAAGUUCAACUUCAGUUCAACACAAAAGACGGAUCGGUAAAAGUACGUCGCUUGAGAGCGUGAAGAGGUUCGUUCGAUCGAUUAUCAACAUCUUUGGGGAGGAAUACCUUCGUUCACCGACUAAUGAAGACGUUGCACGCCUGCUCGAGGAGGGUUCACAACGAGGUUUUCCUGGUAUGCUUGGGAGCAUCGACUGCAUGCACUGGGUAUGGAAGAACUGUCCAACCGCCUGGCAAGGUAUGUAUACUGGGCAUUUUCAUGAACCUACAAUUAUUUUGGAGGCCGUAGCUAGCAAAGAUCUUUGGAUAUGGCAUGCCUUCUUUGGACUGCCGGGGUCUCACAAUGACCUCAAUGUGCUACAUCGUUCACCGGUUUUCGCACAACUUGCGGAGGAAAGAGCUUCACCGUGCAACUAUACUGUUAAUGGCCACGAGUACAAUAUGGGAUACUAUCUCGCCGACGGGAUUUACCCAGAGUGGUCCACAUUAGUGAAGACUAUUCCAGCAUCGCAAGGAAACAAGCAUAAAUACUUUGCUCAACAACAAGAGAGCGCAAGAAAAGAUGUUGAGCUAACUUUUGGCGUGUUGCAAGCUCGAUUUGCGAUUGUUCGUGGACCAGGACGUUUCUGGCAACCUAGUGUGCUGAAAGACAUCAUGACAGCUUGCAUCAUAAUGCAUAACAUGAUCGUUGAAGAUGAACGAGAUUGUCAAUUGGAUAACAACUUCGACUUUAAUGAUUCGAUACCAGUCGUUGAACCUUCUCAUGUGCAGACGGUGCCUCUAACUGAGUUCAUCCAAAAUCAUCAUCGGAUCAGGAACACGCAAACAAACAAAUCACUAAAGAAUGAUUUGAUCGAGCAUCUGUGGCAGCUCAAGGGAUCCAUCGACGAGCCUUGGACAUCCACCUCUCCAAUAUCUCUGCCUGACGCAUUUCAAAGUAUUGUCGUUGAACUGAAUUGA